AUGUGGCCUGACUUGCAUGCGUGCAAGUUGCAUUCAGCUUCCAGCCACAGCCUUGUGCCGAAAGCACUUUGGCCAGCUGCUGUGCUCGGAGAAAAGUUCUGGGACCUCACAAGACCGCGCAGGUGUGAACAUGUAACCGCGUGCUUUGAGAAGGCGAACAUCGUAACCAGCAGCGCUGCUAUGUCGGCAUGCGCGCGGGGUUCCGGUGGCAACAGUUGGUCGUACACGUUGAAUCUUGCCUGCCAAGUGGGUGUCAAAGGGAUGCGGCCAACUUCGGUGAGCUUCGGCGCUUUGCUGACGGCCUUUCAGAAGGCUUCUUUCUGGGAGCAAUCGCUGUUGGCACUCGGGACACUCUCAGAGAGCUCUCUGGGACUUGACGUCCAGACUGCCGGGGCGGCCCUGGCAGCCUGCGCUCUGUCCCGACGCUGGUUCGAGGUCUCAGACAUACUUCAGAAGCUUCAGAUGGUGGACAUACAGCCGGACGCCUGGAUGCGAGAGUGGGCUUUGAAAUCACAGGGUGCUGGACAGUCAGCGAGUGACAUCCGGAGUCUCGGUGCCGGAGUUUUGCAGGAUCUCCGCAGCCUCGGUCGCUGCCUCGGCUGCCAGUCCUUCGUGAUUUUGCCCGCUGUGCUGGUCGAGGAGGAAGAGCAGCUCGCCGAGUCGCAGGAUACCCAGUACGUCGCUAUGCGAGAACAGAUUGACAAGAAGGCGGUUCACAAACGCACGCAACAGCUGCAUUUCUUGGAUGCUGAGAAGCCGAACAAACACGUGGUCUUCGUGGACGAGGACGACCUCGGCGAGCCCGGAUCCUCCAGCAGCUCGAGCUCACAGAGCGUGGGGAAGAGGCUCAAGGAUUUCAACCUAGCCGAGUACUUCGACACGCAUCCGAUGCUCUUGCAGCGGAAGGCCAACCGCCUGCGGCUUAAACAACUGGAGACCAAGCUCCUUACGCAGCCCGAGUCGAUGGCGGUCCAGGCAGAGACGAGAAUUCAAGUCAACGGACCUCAGGCAUCCCGUACACCUGAGAGCAAGACCGCAUCUCAUGCAGCCACCAAACUGAACGAAGCAAGUUCUAAAAUGCCUAGCAGGCCUAGCAUGCGUGUCAGUUCCAGGGUGUUUGGGGUGCUGCAACUGACCAGCAUGCAUCUUGCAGAUCAGGAUGUGGUGAUAUACGAUCGCUUCGAUCGUGCCAUCCCGGUCUUGCAAGAUGCCUACGUCCCUGAUGCUGGUGAUUUCCCCUUGAGGGCUUGCGUUAAGGCCAGGUCGCAAAAAAUGCCCAGCACAGUUUGCGUCAGUGCCCCGGUUUAG